AAAUUCAUCAUUUGCAUUCUGAACGUUGUAGUGAAUGGUUCGUUGUUAGAUUGGCUCAAAGCCAAGACCUAGACAUUAUACACGAUUGGCAUCCAAAUCUAAAAAGUGUAUUCAAAAGUUUAUAAUUAAAUUUAGCUUAGAAGGGUUCUAAAUUAAUUUACUGCAGAGUAGUUUUCGUCGCGUUCUUAUUAUUUUUCGCAUAAGACUUUACCCGUUGGGUAAAUUCAAAAACAGUGCGUGAGAGUGUACGGGAUAUAUAUAUCGUAUAAUUAGCACAAGCAGCUUAUAUAACUCUCGAUUUCACACUCCCAAAGAAAGCUCACGAAAUGCAGCCCUUGAAGCGAUUCACACAAUGUGGCAGCCUGACCAUGCUCUUUGGGGUUUUUAUAAUACUCUUUGGUGUUAGCUCGACGGCAUUGACCACAUUUGGCAAGACCAAUAAUCAGCCACCACCCACACAGGGACCUAUCAUCAAGGGUCGUGAAUGCAACACCCAUGACGAUUGCUCGGCAAUAGACCGCACCAGUUGUGUAAAAGAUCCCAACGACUAUAAAUUGCGUUGUCUAUGCGGAGAUGACUCGCCUCCCUCCAAUGGACUCUGCCCAGAUGUGCUGAAAGGUCUGCGCCACAAGUGCAACAGCAACAACGAUUGCGAAGAUGGUAUGGUCUGUCAAUUCGAGAGUAAUAAUCGUACAACUGGCGUAUCUAAAUUUAUGUCGAGUAAAACUAAAUUGUGUCUCUGUGACAAUGAUAAUGGAUAUGUUGAGGACAUUCUGCACGAUAUAUGCAGUGGGGCAAAUCAGCUAAUGUUGGUGAAUAUUUUCAUUUCUGUAAGCUCACUGCUGGCUCCAUUCAUUUAUUCUGUCCUGAUGAGUAUGCGGAAAAUUUUCUAAUUUUUUCUGGCCGCCAUUAUGAUCAAUUCAAUCACUUUAACGUAUAAUCAAUAUAUGGAUUAAUUCUAAACUCUUAACUCCUUCUAAUCCAUCCAACGUGCCUCAAUAAAGCUUAAAAUAUUUUU